AAAGGUCUGUCACCGCCCCCGAGCUGCAUGCUGCAGCGAAGUGUACUUGAGCUUUGCUGCAGUUUGUGGUUAAAUAGCAGUGUUUGUUAAGGAGAUUAUAAUAAUAACCACCGAUACUUCAGUCUGCUGUCAUGUCUGAAGCUUCGACUCUGAUAAUGAACAAAGAUUUAGCGGUCCUUCAGGGCGCGUUCCUCCGAGCAGAUAAAUUGUCUCUCCCCUCGGUUCUGUCCACGAUCCAAAAAGCUGACUGGAGCCGUGUGAAGGAGCCGGUCCUGCAGGCCCUCAGAGAAACCUGUGGCUUUGAUGAAGCUGGGGAUCAGCCCAGCCCUUCAGCUCUAGCCUGGAAGAAGAGGAUCGUUUGCGUUGUGUGGUUAAAGCUGUUGAGCAGAGAGGCUGAGGAGGAUGUUGAGAAGGCGUGGAUGGAGAAUCCGUUCUUCUCCCUCCAGAACAGCCUGCCUGAGUUAAACCACGUCGUCCUGCUGGAGCUGGUGAAGUCAACUUCCGCUGCAAAAGUUUUUGUCAGUUUUCUCCUUUGCCUUCCUCACUCUCAAAUCUGCACAGAGCUGGAACGACUGGCAGAGCACCUGAGAACUGAUCCCACAGGGGAGGACGAUGUCCUCUUUCUUCUGGAUGUGUGGUGGGAACUGUGGAAAGGCAGAGGAGACGACUCGAGGAAGGAAGGAAGCAUAGAGAUGAUGUUCGCCAACCAGUUUGCCCGUCUCUCUGCGGGUUCUCCUCAGCUGUCCCCUCAGGCUGCUAAAAGGUUAAAGAUGGACACGUCUGAUUCGCCAGCAUCUUCGACUAAUACUGAGGUUCUGCACGUUCUCCUUCAUGCCCUUAAAGGACUGUCAGAUCACGUAUCCUCCACAGACCUGUGCUUGCUCUGCAUGUCUGUUUGCCUGGAUGCUCUUCUCACGUCCUUCCUAACGGAGCAGGAAGUUGUUCUUCCAGUAGAGGACAAGUUGCACAUCAUAUGUAAAGCUGUCACCACCAAAAGUAAUAAUGAGACACUGAACCCUGAACUUAUUCAAGAGACCCUUAGAGACCUCCGUGCUUCUUGCUCACCUUCUCUUUUCAAACCCAGCAGGACAGAGCUUAGCGAAGCCCUGAAGAUCGUUACUGAACUCUCACAGUUUUGGCAAGAAAAAGGUCUCUUCAGAGUCCACAGUGGCUCCGAUCCUUCUUACCCCACAUUCCGGUUGCAGCUUAGUGUCCAGAGCGUUCUGACAGCUCUGGACAAAGUUCCUGAGGCGCUCAGUGAGAAGAACACACUCAAAAGCUUCCUUAAGUCUCUGGAUUUCCCUGCUAAAGAGAUCUCUGCUGAAGUGCAGCUGCAGGUCACUGCUGCUAUCAUCAGUCACUGCCUGGAGGGCUACGAGAGCUUCGCUCAGCUGUUUGUCAGCCAGGCCUCCUGGGCUUACUCUAACCAGUGCUGGAUGGACUGCCUGGAGAAGAACCAAGCAGCCUUCAGGCAGCCCACCACCCUCCUCCGCCUCUCCUCCGCCCUCGUGACUCAGCUGAAGACCGAGAGCCUAAACCUCAGCCAGAGCAGGAGAGGGAUGAAAGUCACAGCAGACAUUUUCUCUGCUCUGUCUCUAGAGGACAAGAACAAAGUGUUGGCUGCCACGCUGAGACUGUCCAGCAGGGGCUUCUUCAGCUGCUCCGUCCCCCCUGCUGUGACCGACAGCUUCCAGCAGGAGCUCAACAUGGUCUUCAACUGCAUCAUUCAGGGAGGGGAAAGAGCCUCUGUAGCAACGCCACAGGGUAGCCUGAGCACUGCAGUCAGUUUGGUGUCAAGAGUGGCCUUCCAGAACCCAGAGGCAGCGUUAAAGUCCUGCUGCCACUCAGCUGUGUUCAAUAAGGGAGCGUUCUGUCUUAUGGCCAAGAUCCUGCAGCAGCUGCCUGGACUCCGAGGACAGAGGAGAGGGAAGGAGGAAGAAGGACGUGAAGAUGAUGAUGUGGGUGGUGGUAGUCUGUUCUGCAGGUGUUUGCAGGAGACAACCAGGACCAAAUCCCUGUCUGUCAAUGACAAAGAGCAGCUCCUCAGGUUUCUGGGUCUGCUGAUGACGUCUGACGUAACAUCUGAAAGAGGCGAGAGACAAAACUUUCUGUCUCCUCAGGAAGUUGUGAAAACCUUCAUUCUGCCCAAUCUCUCAGUCAAAGGUAAUGGAAGCAUCGAUACAGACUUCAGUCUGAAACUCCUCCACUCUUCUUUGUCUGUGGACGUCCAGGACUCUUCCACUUCUCCCCAUUGGAUAAUGGACUGCUCUCCCUUCCCCCUCCUCUAUGUUCUGGCCCAGAUUUACAAUCAGACUUUCAGAUGCUGGAAGCAGCCACCAGGUGGCGGUGUCCACCUCCUUUCCAUGGACACCAAAGAGCUGCUGGAGUCGGUGCUUACCAUUGUAGGGCAGGUAGUGGGGGCAGAGGUGGCAGCAGCCCCCAGCAGCUGGUCCAGAGCUCUGUUCUGGCUCCACAACAAGGUGGAGCAGCUGGACUGGACCGUUGGCCUUCACCUGAAGCCCGUGUGGGGGCAGCACUUCAAACAGGAGGUCCCCUUGACCCUGCUGGAUGUGUGCCACCUGCCUGAACAGGAGUGGUCAGGCCUGGAGCUGGCUCAGUAUGGCCAGGGCACAGGUCUUUUAGCCUGGAUGGAGUGCUGCUCUGUGUCAGAUUCCCUGCAGUCUGUCAUGCUGUCCGGUCUGUCUCUGGACCAGCGCCGGCUGGACCACGUCAGCAUGUUCAGUAAGGGCCUGCUGGUGACGCUUACACAGACCAUCCCGUGGUGCUCUGCCUCCCAGUGGAGCCGGCUGCUGAGGGUCCUGAAGGAACUGAUUGACUCAAAGCGCCUGAGCGUCCCCAUCUCUCUGGAGUACGUGGACUACCUGCCCCUGCUGGACCUGAGGCAGUUUUCAUGUGAGCUCCGCAUGUCCGUUUUGCUGCUUCGGGUUCUUCAGCUGCUCUGUGGCUCCAGCUGCUCUGACUGGCUGUCAGCUGAGGGCUGGGCCCACGUUGGGAGGCUGUAUGCUCAAGCUGUGAGAGAAAUGAUGAGCUCUAUAAAGACCAAGCUGCCUCUUCACUCACAGGCUCCUGUCUCAGUUUUACUUCCUCCAUCAGCAUCCAGAGACCCAAAUCCAUCUCUCAAAGUUCCUAAAACGUACACAGAUCCUCAGAACACAACAGAUCCUCCUCAGACACUAAAUGAGUGGAAAACUGAAGAGGAAGUGCUGACAGCGCCGAGCCAGGAAGUUCUGUUUGUCCUGAGCCAGCUCUUCUGCCACGUUCAGCACAUCCAGGUGAUGAUGCCAGGAGGCCAGUCGGAGCCUCUGUUCCUGUGCAGUCUGGAGAUCCUCAGUCACUAUGAGGCCAUCAUGGCUGCUUUCCCUGACAGCUGCAGCCCUGCAGAGACCGACAACACGCGCCACUUCUUCUCCACCAUCACUGAUAAUCUGGACAACCAGGAGAUGAAGGCUGUUCUGCAGCAGAAAAUCACUCAGCUUGUAUCUUCGGCAGCCUGACACAAGUCAACAAAACAAGGACGUGUGCUGAGAACCCACGAUGCACUCAGCAGGGUUUAUACUUUCUAAUAAGUGAAUAAAAACCUGUUGUUUUCAAGAAAACAA